UUUGAAUGGUAAUGAGACAGCGCAUGCCUGACAGUUGAUAAUCGAAUAUCCCCAGACGGUCAUAUUUACUGAUAAAGCACACGGUUUUAGCAAGUUUAGAACUAUUUCCUACUGUGAUUUGAUCAUUUUUGUGUACAUUUGUAAGUGCCCUGACGUUAAUUUUGAGUGAAUAUAACGUUGUUGACGGAUGAGUGGAUAUUGAUGCUGGAGCCACUAAUCCCUAUACCUUUGUAUGCGAUGUUCCGCUUCUGUUCUUGCUUCAUUCCUCCAGGUGGAAACUAGAGACUUUUUCAGAAAGGCUCCGAUUUACGAACUGAUUCAGGACUUUCAAAGGUUUAAGAUAACUGCCGCUAAUCUUGAGUUUAACCAUGGUGGAAAUAAACUCUGUUCUCAUCACCGGUGCAAAUCGAGGCAUUGGGCUAGAAUUUGUGAGACAGUUUUUGACCAACACCUCUGUUCGAACGCAUAUCAUCAUAGCAACCUACCGAUCGCAAGAAAGCUCCUCUGCUCUACUGGAGUUGGCAAAAUCAACGACUAGGGUCUAUACCCUGAAAUUUGAUGUGAACCAGUUUGACGCAUAUGAAAAAUUUGUAAAUGACGUUCAAAGCAUUGUUGGAGACAAAGGGUUGACCCUGCUAAUAAACAAUGCUGGAAUAUGUGUGCCUUUCUGUGAUACGCUUGAUGAUGUCACACCAGAGAAGUUUACGUCUGUUUUUACCACAAACGCUACUGCUCCGGUGAUAUUGACAAAGGUUCUUCGCCCGCUUCUAAAACAAUCUGCAAGGAUUCAUAGUGACAAGAAUAACGGGCUGAGCAUCGCAAGAGCCGCAGUGAUUAACAUAAGCUCAAUCGCAGGGUCAUGUGCCGCAGAUAUUGGACCUCUCUCUCUCUACGCCUAUAGAGAAAGCAAGGCUGCACUGAAUAUGAGCACCAUAUCGAUGGCAAUCGAGCUGGAGAAGGAUGGCAUCUUGGUCGAAAGUUUGCAUCCAGGUGUCGUGGACACUGAUAUGACCGCCACUCACACUCUUCCCAAGAUAGACGCCACCACCAGCGUGGCAAAAAUGAUCGAAGUUCUGCUUUCACUCAACGGGAAGAACAAGGAGGGUUUUCCCAGCUACGAUGGUAGAAUUCUGCCGUUUUAAGCCACCGAAUUGGAAUGGAAAUUUUGUAAAUCAUGGACUGUGGUUCAAGUCUUAUACCGAUACAUUUCGAGUAUACGAUUUGUCUCCUGUAACCUGCAUUCGAAACGCUUGAUUUUAUCAUCGUCGUCGCUGCCGUCGUCAUCAUCAUCGCCGUCACGAAAUAUGCAUUAGGAUAUUGUCGAUCUACUCGGCCGUUUUUUCGGUUCCAUUCACACAUAGGCAGUCGAGGGUGGAAAAAAAAAUCUCUUUCGUAGCAUCUCAAAAUAACUGUGAACAUUUUAUUACUUGGGACUUAAAUGUGGACUAAAAUGUGGUGUAAUAAUUGCAGUCUCUUUCUGAAAUCUCAAAAAAACAUGUAAUUAAAAUGCUCACACACAAAAAAGCUUUCGGUGGCUUCCUGUAAAAUAAAGAAAAUGAGGCUUAGUCGAAAACUCCCCUUUUCUCAUUGCUGACAAUGUCUAGCGUGCUUUUUCACCACACCAGAGAACCUCAAAUGAGAAUAUUUCACGUUGUGUGGCAGCAUUGCCAAACUACCACACUAAAAGUUUGAUAAAUUUUAGAUUGAGGAAGUUUUUGGCAUGGGGUUUAUGUCAAAAUUCAUGCAUUUAUCAUUUGAUGGACGAUUUAUGUUCAGUGCUUCAUAUUGAAAUUAAAAUAAGUAUUUCUCAUUA